GCACCCGGGCAAACUCAUGCGGAUGUGUUGCUGAUGCGUGAAAUGGCGGCUUGAGAUAGGCUCGUUUAAAUCACUGCCCUGCUUCUCGUGACAAGAGUCGGCGUGUCAAACCUCGUCUUCCUUCUCGUGCACACUUUGGACUUCUGCCGACACGCAAGGUGCGAUGGCGAAGCGGAUCGCAGACAAAGAGCUGACGGACCGCAACUGGGACCAGGAGGAGGAGGGAGAGGAGGCCGGAACCUUCUCAGUGGCCACGGAAGACGUGAUGAAAAACCGCAACAUCAAGAAGGCCAAGCGGCGGAACGUUGGGCCGGAGGGCGAGGCUGGCGGGGCCUUCAGAGGGUUCAAAGGUUUCUCGGCGAGCGCUUCCUUAACGCCGACGCCCUUCUCCGCCUUCGGCAAUGGCGGCGGGUUCAAGCGCUUGAGCGCUCUGACCAACGGGAGCGGCGGCGUCCUCGCGCCGUCCUUCGCCGCCGCGUCGUCGUCAGCGUCUACGACCGCGAGCGCGCCUGAUGAUUCCUCGGGGCCGGCGUACAACGGUUCGGCCGACGUCGGCGCCAAGCCGGCCAAGGAGUACGGCCGCCAGCUGACGGCGCUCAACUGCUCCGUCCGCGACUGGAUCAGCAAACACGUCGACGACAACCCGCUGUGCGACCUGCAGCCCAUCUUCCGCGACUACGAGCGCCACCUGGCCAGCAUCGAGCGGCAGUACGGCGCGGCGGCGGGCACAGAAGACCGGAAAGCCCGCCCCUCGCUUCCUGCCUCCUCGUCCUCGUUUUCUUUCAAGGACGAGAAGGAGGAGUCGCCUGCUGUCACGUUCAACUUCGGUCAGAAGGUGGACAGCUCUGUGCUGAAGACGGCCACGCCCGCCUUUUCCUUGUUUGGAGGCGCCUCGCAACCCUUUGCUCAGACGGACCGCGCCGCGCCUUCAGAGGCGAACGCGGGCAACGACGACGACGCCUACGAGCCGCCCGAACCCGACGUGAAGGAGAUCAAAGAAGACGACGCCUUCUACUCCAAGAAGUGCAAACUUUUCUACAAGAAGGACGGCGAGUUCAAGGAGAAAGGCGUCGGCACGCUGCACCUCAAAGAGACGGCCGGCGGCAAAACGCAGAUGAUCAUCAGGGCGGACACCAACCUGGGAAACAUCCUCCUCAACGUGCUGCUGCCCGCCGGCGUGCCGUGCUCGCGGGUGGGCAAGAACAACGUGAUGGUGGUGUGCGUGCCCAACCCGCCCGUGGACGACAAGAACCCGGGCACUCCCGUGCCCCUCCUCAUCCGCGUCAAGACCGCCGACGACGCCGACCAGCUGCACCAGACUCUGGAGGAGAAGCAAGGGUGAACGCACACACGUACGUGCACGUCUCCGGUCCCAGCGGGCGUUGAGCUGCGACAUUCCCUCCAGCUUUUAUCUUGCUUUUACUCUUUUAUUUUGGUGGGUUGCGCAUGCCUGUUGGGGUUUCCUGCUGAGCUGAACCACAAGGAGGAACUUUUGGGUUGUUGUUUCCUCCAUCGCAGACUCUGACAGACAGACUUUAGGUUUUUUUUGUUCCAAGUGUCCUUGGCACCGCGCCCCAGACGCCUGUUGGGAAGAACGGAAACAAGAAGUUUGUCAAUCUCGUUUAUUCUGUCAAUGUUGCUGUUAAGAAAGUUUCUCUCGUCUGUCGUGAGUGCUUCGUGACAAGCGACGUGAUGGCCGAACGGACGUGAAGUGUAGCAAAAGCACCGCUCGUGUGACGCUUGAGUCACGUCACAUGUUUGUGUUCCAACUUGAAGAAAACUUAUUAAAAAGUCCAAAUGUCAACAUUGCGCUUCCUGA